AUGAACAGCAAUCGAUGUGCGAAUGAAUCACCACACGGUUUAACAGAUUUACCUUUGAAUGUCAUAUUUCGAAUUUUAUCUUUUUUGGAUCUUAAACAGUUGCAGAGUAUUGCUAAAUGUUGCAGGUUAUUGCGAGUAUUGGCAAAUGAGAACUUUUUCCUGACGAAUACUUUAAUGAACCUACAUAGCAGACGGGAUCAGUGGACAAGGCGACUAAUAUUCGACGUUUUCGAUAUUUUCAACGGAAGCAGACAUGUUAUUUUGAGGUUAACAACUGCAUAUAACAUUUCACUUUUAGAAUCUAUACGAAUAGUGCAGAAGAAUUAUGGAUUAGGUUACUCAAAGUGGCGCAGCUCGCCUGGAACUAGCUAUUCAAAAUCGCUUUCUAAAGAUGUACUGGAAGGUUCGGGUGAAAUUCAAACUUCCAAUAUUGAAUCGGGGGAUGCUGCAAGUUGCAACACUACAUUCAUGGAAAACCGUAAUUGCAUCAUUGAGCGAGAGGCAAUGACGUACAUGGAGAUUUUACAGGGGUUUCAUAGACUUUGUGCCUCUUCUCAGGAUGAUAUAAUAGAAUCGAAAAGAGUCAAUGAGGAGACAUGGGAUGAUUCAGAACAUGAGAUAUCACUGGAAGAAAAUUUAUCAGUAAAUGAUCAAGAUGUCGACAGUGAUAUCGGUACGCCGACACAAAAAGAUAAAAAAACAUUCGACACUACUUCCAAACAGCCUAGGACUUUGUCCCCAACGUCAUCCGAUUAUUCAAAAUCCUCGUCAAACUCAAUAUUCUCCGAACUGCCCCCGAAAUUAUCGACCUGUGGCUGGCAUUCAUCCAUUUAUGAGUUGGAACACGUCUCAGAUGAGCUAAAUAGUGGAAAUUCCGAUGAAAAUACAUCUUCCUCAUCAGAGUCUAUCGUUAAAUUGAGGAAUUCAAAUAAAGUAAAGGAUAAGGCCGCCUUAUUUGAAAAGCUCAUAUCAAACGAUUAUGCAAUGUCAGGGAAUCAAAAAAAGCUUAAAAAGAAGAAAUCAUAUGGUGUAUUAACAUCAGCCGGUCACAAUAAUAUGCUAUCCUCCUUAUCUAACACUUUUUCGAGUUCUAAAAGAAACAUCUCUAAAGGGUAUCUUGAAGAAUUGGAAAGAUGCAAUUUGAUAAUUGCCGGAAUUCCAACUAGUCGAAAUGAACUCGAGGACAUGGUAAUGUCAAAUCAUACCUCCCGACUAAAUAGGAACGAGGUUGUGCCGUCGCGGAGUAACGAGACGGAAUUGAGAUUACAGUCAAAUAUGGGAGACAGGGAGAUUAGAGAGAGCAGUAGACUAAAGAGCAGAAAACUGCAAAGAAGUAAACUCAACGCUUUUGUUACGGGGGACAACAAGAUAUGCUACGAAAAACUGUAG